UGGAAAAGUUUCGUUUCGUCCCCGGGGGUCACUCCACUCCCGCGCUGCCCCCGCCUGAAGCCCAAAAUUGACAGUUUUUCCUACAUAACUACCUGAACCGUCGCACCGAGGAUGACAAAAUGUUUAUGAUUGUUUUCCAAGCUGAUGCAGCUGAACUUGAAGAAACCUCAUGCAGCUGUACAGCAGGCAAGGUUCUGUGCAACCAUCUAGUGGCCUUGCUGUUCCAGAGUGCCCAUUACAGCAUGUUGCAGGUGAGAGCUGUGCCACCACCUGUGUCCUGCACAAGCUCCCUUCAAACAUGGCACCGACCAAGGACCAAGGGUAUCCAUGCAGAGCCGGUUCAGGACCUGGUUGUUAGAAGACCAAAGCCAUCCGCCAGGAGUGUAUGCAAAUCAACACUCUAUCAAGCAUACACUGGAUCCCUCCCUGACCCACAAGUCUUGUCUCUUGGGACGGGACUGAAAAACCUCAGGCCCCAACCACUAAUAUCCUCAGUGCUGCAUGGCUUGUCUCAACUCUCCAUGGUCGACUCCAGGUGUGGACCUGUGCCGCGAGGUUCACCCCUGUCCUACCAGUGUCCUCCUGUGGUCAAACACGGAGAUUGCGUCCAACACCCAGAUGCACCAACAUUCCCUAAACUGCCUUUAGAGGGAUCAACAUUUAGCACUACUUUUCCAAACUUUGACCCAAACUCCCAACAGUUUCUCCAUUUAGACAGCUUAACUGUGACACACGAGAUGGCAGCUGAGAGAGAGGAGCAGACACGUGAGCAGUCUGAGUGCCCAUUAUGGCAAGCUUUACGCAAGCCUAGAGUGACAGCUAGUAGGUUCUAUGAGAUGCUCCUCACCUUGGGGCUAGCCCCGAUGGAAAGGUAUAUGACCCAAGUGCCAUUCCGUGUUUUGGGCUUGCUGAAGUGA